AUGUUGACGACUCCAAUUUCGGCGAGUCGAACGAACCCGGCGUACAUCGGCCCCGUGACUGGCUUGCCGGCCGACCUGUACAGUCGGACUCCCUAUCUGUCUCUCUCCAGCUCCCGCUCAUUCGCCUCAUUCGGCCUCUCUCCUCGCUGUACCAUCCACUCUACUCUCUCGCUCAAAGUCUCCCACGACAUACUCCUCCUCGCCUCACUCUAUCUACUCAUUUUCCAUUAA